AUGUCAGAAUCUUCCCCAAAACAGCCAUCCCAGGCCCCUACAGCCACUAGCCAGCUUUCACCGUUAAAAAUCCUAUGCUUGGGCGACUCUCUCACGGAAGGUUAUUCGAAUUAUGGCACUAAAUUUACACCCUAUAGCAAACGGAUGAAAGAAGUACUACAGAAAAAUUGGCCGGAUAGAGAAAUUGAGGUCAUAACGGAUGGAAUCAGUGGGGAUUUACUUACCCCACCGGGAGGAUUCAAGAGGAGAAUGGAUAGGCACUUCCCCUCCACACCCCCAAUAACCCACACGAUCCUCCUUGGCGGAACAAACGACCUAGCCUGCAAUCGCCCCGUCCAAACCCUCUACGCCGUUUUCGAAACCCUCAUCUUCACCCCUCUCAGUAACUCCUCAAAAGUGUUGAUUAUGACCAUUCCGGAAUGUCAUGUGAGGGCUAAAGUGUUGGAUGAGAGGAGGGCGGAACUGAAUGAUAUGUUGGUUUACAGUUUGGGGAGGAAGGAUAAUGUGGGUACGUUCGACCUACGCGGCAAAAUGCCAUAUCACAACAUGGAACCAAAUAGACGAGUAAGACUAUGGGAUGAUGGACUGCAUUUCACUGAGGCUGGGUAUCAGGAGAUGGGGGUGAUGGUGGGGGAGAGAAUGGUUGAGUUUAUUGAGGAAGUAAGGCCGGAGAAGGAGGUUUCGUUGUCUAGUAAGGGGACUAUGGGAAUUGAUGCUAAGAACUACAAUACCUUCCACCACCAGCAUCCAGCUCAGAUGGGUGCACCAAGGAUGAAACAUACUGGUACGCCUUUACCCCAAUCCGAAAUGGUCCCGCAUUCUUCUGGGUCAAUUGAUGAGCCCUUAACUAGAGCGAAUGCUUUAAAAAAGAAAAUUCAUGGUUUGUGCAGCAACCGCGGUUACGUGACAUACGUUAAGGGCUUGCAAGUUCUCAUGCGAAGCUUGCAGCGUCAUCAUCCAAAACCCAACAUGUCGUCGCCUGCUGGCCGUCGACAGCGAAAUUCUCAGUCUGCGACACCUAGGCGUACAUCAGCAAGAAAUUCACAAGCCUUACCAAGUAGUCCACCAGAUCCCGCUGCUGCCCAACUUCAAAAUGAAGCAGCCUCGUCGCAAGGCGCUACAGGAACUCCUCGGCGGGGUAUCGUUCCAUCUUCGUCGCCAAUGAACUAUCGAUCUUCUCCAGCAGAUAAUGCUCGAUUUAAUCGAGACAUUAGUUCACCUCUGAGACAAAUGACCAACACUCAGUCAACGCGAGAAGAUGGCGAUCGUACACCAAGAGCAGGCGGUAGUGCUCUUAUCGGUGACUCCUCACCGAUCAGAUACGAAGCAAGUUCUAGUCCUGGUAGAGGAUUUGCCAAUGACCCCCAGACCAACAUUCCAAGUGAUAGCAGUGGCCUUUUUGUUCGUUCUUCUAGGUCCCAAGGUCCCGGGUCUGCAGUCAACAAUUCACGAAGAGGGGACAUUACAUCUGAUAAUCUUAACACACCGAGGGCGAGAAGACGUAUUUUCAUGGAUGAAAGUGGCCGAAUAGUAAGAGACAUUCCACCUGAGGAUGCGGAAGCUCCUUCAUUCUCGAACAUCGACCCAACGACUUCAGACGCGCAAUCAAUGGGAGGCAAUUCUACACUUUGUAUCUGGGGUACGAACGUUUCUAUAAAUGAUACGUUGUCCACAUUCAAGGACUUCCUUCGAAACUAUACCAAAAAAUACCGAAUGUGGGGCGAGGGCAUGUUAAAGGAAGACACCCAAGCCGAUCCGGAGUCAAAUUCGAAGGAAUACCAGGAGAUGAUGCAAAACAUGCUGACCCUCGGCAUAACGAGUCUAAAUUUAGAUUUCCGCAAUCUUAAGGCUUACCCUCCCACUAAGAAACUUUGGCAGCAAGCGCAAGAUUACCCUCAAGAUAUCGUUACUCUUAUGGAUCAAGGCAUCAAAGAUGUCAUGUAUGAGAUCGCAGAAAACCAAAUGGCAAUUCAAAGGCAAUCCCAAAGCUCCGCCGGUCAAGCAUCUGGACGAGACAGAGUCCAGAGCUCAGAACCCCCCGUCCCAAGUUCAGAGAGAAGCGAAGCAGAGGUAGCAACACCACGAGAACAGGAUUCUAAUGAAGUGGAUUUGUGUGCGGAGGUACAGAAGAGAUCCUAUAGAGUUCGACCCUUUGGACUGGAUAACACUAUCAACAUGAGAGAUCUCAAUCCAUCCGACGUCGACAAGAUUGUAGCUAUCAAGGGCCUCGUUAUUCGAACUACGCCAAUCAUCCCGGACAUGAAAGAUGCUUUCUUCAAGUGUUCUGUGUGCAAUCAUACAGUCAAGGUUGAUAUUGACCGUGGUAAGAUUGCCGAACCCACCGAAUGCCCUCGUCCCGUCUGCGGCUCUCCAAAUUCCAUGCAGAUCGUACACAAUCGUUCUGGAUUCAUGGAUAAGCAAGUUAUCAAACUUCAAGAGACCCCGGAUUCCGUCCCUCCUGGUCAGACCCCACAUUCAGUAUCCAUGUGCGCAUAUGAUGAACUAGUUGAUCUUUGUAAAGCUGGUGACAGGGUUGAGAUUACUGGUAUCUUCAAGGCCAGCCCGGUCCGUGUCAAUCCCCGUCAACGAACCCUCAAGAGUAUUUAUAAGACCUACAUCGAUGUUUUGCAUAUUCAGAAGGUCGACAAGAAAAGAAUGGGAAUUGAUGCCUCGACCGUUGAACAGGAAAUCUCAGAUCAAUUGACAGGCAAUAUUGAAGAGACUAGGAAGGUUUCAGACGAGGAGGAAGAAAAGAUCAAGGAAACCGCCACCAGACCUGAUAUCUAUGAACUUCUAUCUCGCUCCCUUGCACCUAGUAUCUUUGAGAUGGACGAUGUUAAGAAGGGUAUCUUGCUUCAGUUGUUUGGAGGAACAAACAAGUCUUUCGAAAAAGGAGGAAGUCCAAGAUACAGAGGAGACAUCAACAUCCUACUUUGCGGUGAUCCUUCUACGUCAAAAUCUCAAAUUUUGCAAUACGUCCAUAAGAUUGCUCCUCGUGGUGUAUAUACCAGUGGGAAAGGAUCUUCGGCUGUUGGUUUGACAGCAUAUGUUACUCGAGACCCAGAAACACGUCAGCUUGUCCUCGAAUCAGGAGCUCUCGUCUUGUCAGAUGGAGGUGUCUGCUGUAUUGAUGAAUUUGACAAAAUGUCCGAUUCUACUCGAUCAGUUUUACACGAAGUUAUGGAACAGCAGACUGUCUCUAUUGCCAAGGCUGGAAUCAUCACAACUUUAAAUGCCCGAACGAGUAUUCUUGCAUCCGCAAAUCCAAUCGGAAGUAAAUACAAUCCGAACUUACCAGUACCGCAAAAUAUCGAUCUUCCACCUACUCUACUUUCAAGAUUUGAUCUCGUCUACUUGAUCUUGGAUCGUAUUGAUGAGACUAAUGAUCGUAGAUUGGCUCGUCAUCUUCUCAGUAUGUACCUAGACGAUAAGCCGCAGAGUGCUUCAGGAGGAUUGGAAAUUUUGCCUAUCGAGUUCCUAACUUCCUACAUCUCCUACGCUCGUGCCAACUGUCAACCCCGAAUCAGUCAAGAAGCCUCUACCGAGCUUGUCUCCGCCUACGUCGAAAUGCGAAAACUCGGUGAAGAUAUCCGAGCUGCCGAACGUCGAAUUACAGCCACAACUCGUCAACUCGAAUCCAUGAUUCGUCUUUCCGAAGCUCAUGCCAAAAUGCGCUUAUCGGAAACCGUUACGAAGGAGGAUGUGCAAGAGGCAGUUAGAUUGAUCAAGAGUGCUUUGAAACAAGCGGCUACGGAUGCGAGAACGGGAUUGAUUGAUAUGAGUCUGUUAACCGAAGGCACGAGUGCUAGUGAGAGAAGAAGAAAGGGUGAUUUGAAGACUGCGGUGCUGGCUGUGGUGGAUGAGAUGACGGGCCCAGGGGGAAAUGCUAGAUGGACGGAAGUCGUUAGGAAAUUGGGGGAGCAGAGUAGUAUGCAAGUCGACUCUGCAGAGUUUGCAGAAGCGGUCAGGGGGUUGGAGUUGGAGGGCAAAGUGAUGAUUCUAGGUGAGGGGCCUAGAAGAAGUAUUAGAAGGGUCACGGGCCAAUCUUAA